AUGGCCCGCGCUCCCCCGCCCCCCAGCGACAUCCCGCGCAACCUGAGCUACAUCGCGGGGCUGUACGGCGGGCGAUACCGCACCGUCCGGCCCAGCCUGGGCGGCGACUCGACUCGGAGGCCGAGGGGCGGGCCCGGGCGCGCGCGCGGCCGCCAGAGCCGUGCAGGCAGCCGGGGCGGCGGCCGCAGGGCCCGUUCUGCCCCAGCCGGGGGCCCUGGGGGGGGAUCCCGCAGCCGCAGCCCCGGGUCCCGCAAGCGAGUGCGCUUCGCCGACGCCCUGGGGCUGGAGCUGGUCAGCGUGAGGCGCUACUGGCCGGCUGAGCUGCCCCAGGUCCCCGAGCGCGUCCACACCCAGCUCCGGCGUGACGCCCUGCGCCACUUCGCCCCCCUGCGGCCCUUCCAGGUAAUGGGGGGAGCCGGGGGGAGGGGGAUGACAGCAGCAGAGUCAGACCCCCAGGACCCGCUGGCCGGGCGCCUGCCACUGGCGCCAUGUUUCUGGGACCCGCUGGGGCUGCCGGACUUCGGGGGGCGGCUGGGGGCGCAGGGCGUGUGCCUGGAGGGGGUGCGGGCCGGGGGGCUGGGGGUGGCGGGGACCCUGCGGGUUCUCAACCUGGCCUAUGAGAAGCGGGUCAGUGUCCGCUACACCUGGGACGGCUGGGCCAGCUACCGGGAGGCCCCCGCCGCCUACGCGGGGCCCUCCGCCGGCCCCCCGCCCGGCCCCCCCUCUGACCGCUUCGCCUUCCGCCUGCCCCUGCCCCCCGGGGGCGCCCUGGAGUUCGCCCUGCGCUGCCACGUGGGGGGCCAGGAGCUGUGGGACAACAACGGGGGGCAGAACUACAUCCUGCGGGCCGGGGGGCGGGGCGGGGAGCUCCCCAGCCCCCCACGGGACGGUGACAGGGGCUGGAUCCACUUCCUGUAGGGGGCUUCACAACCAGCCUCCCAGGGGACAGAGACUUCA